UGGAAAGCUGGUUUCACCAAAAUGGAAAAAUUUUAAAGGCUUGAAACUUCAGUGGAGAGAUAAAAUCCGUCUCAAUAACGCCAUCUGGAGGGCUUGGUACAUGCAGUACCUGGAGAAGCGCAAGAAUCCAGUGUGCCAUUUUGUGACUCCGCUGGACGGCUCUGUUGAUGUCGAUGAACAUCGUCGGCCAGAGGCCAUUGCAACCGAAGGGAAAUACUGGAAACGAAGAAUUGAAAUAGUGAUCAGGGAAUACCACAAGUGGAGAACAUACUUCAAGAAAAGGUUACAGAAACAUAAAGAUGAAGAUCUUUCAAGUUUGGUCAGGGAUGAUGAUGUGGUUCUCUGGCAAAAAAGAAGGUAUGGCAGAGAAACUCCUGUCCCUAUGGAGGAAGGCAGCCUCUUGGAUGCAGAUAUGCUUAUGUCCGAGUUCACCGACACGCUGUUCUCCACACUGUCUUCACAUCAACUGGUUUCCUGGCCAAAUUCCAGGGACAUAGCACACUUAGGAAAUGCUGACAUGAUUCAACCAGGGCUUAUUCCUCUCCAGCCAAAUUUUGAUUUUAUGGAUACUUUUGAGCCUUUUCAGGAUUUAUUCACACCCAGUCGUUCCAGUAAUUAUUUCCCUUCUGUGUCUGCUGUCAGCUCAGCUACAACAGACAGCAGCAGCCAUUCUUCCCAGUCUACUGUCCUGUCGUCGGGUUCAUUGCCCAACACGCUUCCAGAGGGGAACAUCAGUGAUGGACUGAUUGCUUCCUCAGUACCUGCUCCUGUCAUUCCUGAUGUUGGCACUGACCAGUGUUCCAGCAUUAGAAGCGGGGGAUCUUUCAUCCAGCCACCAGACUUCACUCCCGACUCGUCUCUCAGCGGGCCACAAACUUUUAUGCCAGUGUUUCAGACACCCUUGCCACUGCUUCAACCUGCGACACAACAGCACCAGUCCCCGUUGCCUGCAGUGCCUCUGAACUCCAGCUUAAGCUCUCCACCAUCUACAUUUGAUGCCCCAGAAACUCAGAAGUUUGGCCUCUGUGAAUCUACAGUUAUCACCCACACAGCUUCUGCUACUUUGACCCACAAUGUCCCUGCCACCACCUUCAGCCAGAGCCUGAACCUUCUCCUGGCAACACAGCAGCCAGGUGCAGGAGUGCCUUGUAACCUGACUUUCCAGACUACUGUCCUGCAGGGGCAGCCCCGGCCCCAGCUGCAGUCUGAACUGACAUUUGCACUCCCCAAAGUUGUUCCUCUGGCCAGUGCUGAGACAAGGCCCAAACAGUCACAAAAAAUAGUGCCUGCUCCGAAGCCUGAAACAGUGUCCUUAUUGUUAAAGAAUGCCUUCAUCACCCCAGCUGCCUUUCAGGGACAGUCCAGAGCUGUGAUUGUAACUCCAGCACCUUUAAAAAGAGAGGGGAUUUUGACGCCAGCCACGUCUCAGUCUAAUGUUGCAAUUGCACCAGCUGGAAUUGUCAGAGCUCCCGGGGUGACGGAGUUCCGUAGUAACAUUCUGGUUGGUCCAGCACAGCGAGCACCAAGUAGUCAACAAACCCAGUCCACAGUCUCACAUCUCUUCUCUCCUAUUGUAGUCCAGGAUGUGUUGGUGAAAGAAGAGCAAAUCCCUUCCCACAGUAGCAGUUCACAAGUUCCCUCACCUACACCUAGCCGAGACUGUCAGAAUUCAGGCCAAGCUUCCCCCUGCGCCUCUGAGCAGAGUCCCAGUCCACAGUCUCCCCAGAACAGCUGCUCAGGAAAACCUGCCACUGACCCUAAUACGGCUGCAUUGGAGAAUCGAAGAAUGAAGCAUAUUUCAGAACAAAAACGAAGGUUUAAUAUCAAGAUUGGUUUCAGUACUCUGAACACCUUGGUACCAGCCAACUCCAAGUCGAUCAGCCAUGCAAUCACGCUCCAGAAAACAGUAGAAUAUAUCGCUAAACUACAGCAGGAAAGAACACAGAUGCAAGAGGAAACCAGGCGCCUUCGGGAAGAAAUCGAGGAGCUAAACGCUACCAUCAUUUCUUGUCAACAGCAGCUCCCUGCUACCGGGGUUCCCAUAACACGGCAAAGAUUUGACCACAUGAGGAGGUUGUUUGAUGAGUAUGUGAGAAGCAGGACCCUGCAGAACUGGAAGUUUUGGAUUUUCAGCAUUAUUAUUAAGCCAUUGUUUGAGUCCUUCAAUGGGAUGGUUUCGACAGCAAGCUUUAAGGAUCUGGAUCAAACUGCAAUGGCCUGGUUGGAUCAGCACUGUUCUCUUCCUGUUCUGAGGCCAAUGGUGCUGAACACCCUCCGGCAUCUCAGUACGACGACCUCAAUUCUGUCAGAUCCAUCAUGCCUGCUAGAGCAAGCUGCUGAGGCCGUUAACAAGUCGAACAAAACAGCUGGCGAAACCUAACAACCAAAGACAAUGAGUUGCUUAUACAAGGGGUGGAGAACCUGCCAGUCUAGCAGCCUGGCCAGUCUCUUUUCAGUCAGUGCACUUUAGAAAGAAUUCUCUCCAUCGCUCAAGACGUUUUUCAGGGCAUCUGGCUCUGCUUUCAGAAUAUGUGGAAGUAUGAUGCAACAUUGUCAUAACGUUUUGAUUCCUCUUCAGUGCUGUGCUGUACUCCGUUAAGUGAGAAAACACCAAGCUCAGGUAAAUUUAGCAGGUUUGAGUUCCUGCAGGCAGCAAUAUAUCUCCAUCAAUGCAGCAUGCAUCUAUAUGCAACAAACAUAUUUCUAUGAAACAGCUUCAAGUACUAAGUUCUCUGAAGUGUACACCAAGGAAUGUUCUCUUCAAGGGAAAUACACUUUCAAUUUCAUGAAACAAAAUGUGCUUUUUAUUUUGUUUUCUGGUAUUCAGUUACAUUUGUUUUACUUGAAUAGUGAAAAUUGUUAAACAGGAUCAUAUUAAAAACCAAAGGAGAAGAAAAAUCCAUCGAUGAUGUCAACUUGUGGCAAAAAUAUUAGAAUUAAACUCUCAGGCUGUGUUUUGUGUAUUUUUAUUUUAAUGAGUGAAUCAUUGCAUAUGGUCAGUUUCAAGAUGUGCUUUAUUUUCUAGCAAAUAAAGUAG